CAGGGAGCUGCCUGCCUGCAGGACUGGGUGCGGGCGGAGCUCCGGCCCCGCGGUGCCCGGCGUAGCCGGGCGGAGGCAGGCAUGGCCACCGAGGCUGUGGCUGUGGUGGCCCGUGGGGCCUGGGCCAGGGCGGUGGCGGCGGCCCUGCGGAGCGGAUGCGGGACUGCGGCCGGGGUACCGCUGCGUGCGGGCUCCGCACGGCCCUUGUGCACAGCACCUGGAACCGCUCCGGACAUGAAGCGCUACCUGUGGGAGCGCUACCGGGAGGCGAAGAGGAGCACGGAGGAAUUGGUUCCUUCAAUUAUGAACAACUUGCUGAAUCCGGAUGCCAUUUUCUCCAACAACGAGAUGAGCCUGUCGGACAUCGAGAUCUAUGGCUUUGAUUAUGACUACACCUUGGUGUUUUAUUCAAAGCACCUCCACACGCUGAUAUUCAACGCUGCUCGGGACCUCCUGAUCAAUGAGCACCGGUACCCCACCGAAAUCAGGAAGUAUGAAUACGACCCAAAUUUUGCAAUUCGUGGACUUCAUUAUGAUGUGCAGCGGGCUGUGUUGAUGAAGAUUGAUGCUUUUCAUUACAUCCAGCUGGGAACUGUCUACAGGGGCCUCAGCGUUGUCCCCGACGAAGAAGUCAUUGACAUGUACGAGGGGUCCCACGUGCCUUUGGAACAGAUGAGCGACUUUUAUGGAAAGAGUUCCCACGGGAACACCAUGAAGCAGUUCAUGGACAUCUUCUCGCUGCCGGAGAUGACCCUGCUGUCCUGCGUGAACGAGUACUUCCUGAAGAACAACAUCGACUAUGAGCCUGUCCACCUGUACAAGGACGUCAAGGAUUCAAUUCGAGACGUGCACAUCAAAGGAAUCAUGUACCGAGCCAUCGAAGCAGACAUUGAAAAGUACAUCUGCUACGCUGAGCAGACCCGCGCAGUGUUGGCCAAACUGGCUGAUCAUGGCAAGAAGAUGUUUCUCAUCACCAACAGCCCCAGUAGCUUUGUGGACAAAGGGAUGCGGUACAUCGUGGGGAAGGACUGGAGGGACCUAUUUGACGUGGUCAUUGUUCAGGCCGAGAAGCCAAACUUCUUUAAUGAUAAGCGGAGACCUUUCCGAAAGGUGACCGAGAAAGGCGUCUUACUCUGGGAUAGAAUCCACAAGUUGCAGAAAGGCCAGAUUUACAAGCAGGGCAAUUUGUAUGAGUUUUUGAAGCUGACCGGGUGGAGAGGAUCCCGAGUGCUGUAUUUCGGUGACCACAUAUACAGUGACCUGGCGGAUUUGACCCUGAAGCAUGGCUGGCGAACGGGAGCCAUCAUCCCCGAGUUGCGGUCUGAGCUCAGAAUCAUGAACACGGAGCAGUAUAUCCAAACCAUGACCUGGCUGCAGACUCUGACCGGGCUGUUGGAGCAAAUGCAGGUUCACAGAGACGCCGAGUCCCAGCUGGUGUUGCAGGAGUGGAAGAAGGAGAGGAAGGAGAUGAGAGAGAUGACCAAAAGUUUCUUCAACGCCCAGUUUGGAAGCUUGUUCCGCACAGACCAGAACCCGACCUACUUCCUGAGGCGGCUGUCGCGAUUCGCCGACAUCUACAUGGCGUCUCUGAGCUGCCUGCUGAACUACGACGUCAGCCACACGUUCUACCCCCGGAGGACUCCGCUGCAGCACGAGCUUCCUGCGUGGUCUGAUAGGCCCCACACCUGCCGGCUGCCCCUCCUGCAGGAGGCCCAGGCCAAGUAACCCGGUGCUCACCUGUGGACACAGCCAGAAACAGCCCCGGCCCCAGCUUGGGUGGACGCCACGGGGUUGACUUUGUGUGGAUAUGAGUGUUGCUUUUGGAAAAGACACAGAUACGCCUUUUGAUAUUUAUUUCAUACCUUCUGGAGAAUACCACCCAGGUUGUUAAGACAAAAGCCAGCAGCGCACCAGCCCCACCUUCCUGCAUGCGUCGGGCUGAACGGCUAGUGGCACGUGGAAAUUCUGCGAUCAGUCUUCUCGUUGACCGGGGCACUGUAACUGGUGCAGGUGUUCGGGGACCGGUGACUCUUCCCGAUGCCAUCUCCGUAUUCCAGCAGGCGGAGUUUCGAAACCCUUCCUGACCCCGCCCUGGACAACCUACUGAACAUUCGCAGAAUGGAGCGGCACAGGGGCGUGCAGCGAUCCACUGCCCGCAGAAAGCUGGUGGUUUAGUGAGCUCUGCGGCAGCAAACGCGGCAGUGCGUGGCAGAGGCGAUCCCCACGCAGCGGCCAGUCCCCCGGCCUUUCGGUCGCAGGGCUUUGGCGUUCUGGUGCGUCACUUGGGAGAGAAAAGAGCAAGAGAAGGGACAAGUCCUUAGGGAUCGUCCUCAGUAUCUGCUUCCUGUGUCCUGCCCCAUGCUGGGAAGGACAGAUGGUGCCACAAGUGAUGGGCGGGUUUGCUCUUUUCCCCAGAGGAGGAGAGAAGACCUUCUGGUUACAUUUCCGGCCAGCAGAGCUCACUUAGUAGAAUAAGGCUGUGAGCAACAAGCAGGUCGGAGCCGAUGCUUGGUGGUGGGUGCCCUGGGAAUGCCACCCGAGUGUCGGUUUGAUGCGCUUACUGGAGGACAGAAAAUGAAACAGAAAAAAAAACUCCUUAUAUUGAAACGCCACACCAGGCCCCUCACUGGGUUGUGUCGGUAUUACCAGAAACCAGAAACCACCCUUUUCUGAGGAGGCAGCGAACACGGCCGCCUCGCUCGAGACUUGUUGGCGAGGUGCGGGCUUGCGUUCAACCCUCUCCGCUUAGCCAUCCCCCACCCUCUGCGCCCCCAGCUUCCUUUCCUGCCCUGUUCGUGUGGCUGUUGGGGAGUCUGGGGGUGGUUUCUUCAGGUGUCUGUGUUUAAGUUGGGGGAGGAUAAAGGGCAUUGAAACUGUGAGGAAAGGGUUAGAAAUGACUUAGCUCACUAUUUCUCACAGCUGUCUAAGGACAACGCAGGUGACCUCCAUUCGUAAACCUGAUGCGUGGCAGGUACAGGAAGGGGGCUUGGGGGGCGUGCUUGCUAAUUGAGCAUUCUUAUUGCAGUAAUGUAUCUGUUUGAACCGGCUCUUGACAAAAUGCUAGCUUGGCGUCCCACGGCUGCUCGCAGAAUACAGGUAUUAAAUGGGUUCCGUAGCACUCUCUGUAAUGCCACUUGGUGUGACGGGGUUUCACUUGUGAUAUUGUCUUGUAUUUAACUACACUGCUGAAGGUGGCCCGUUAGACCCAGGAAGCCCAGUUAGUUGGGCCCCUUUUUUUCUGCUAAGUUUUGUGGCAAACACAGUGGUUCGUUCUUUUGGGGGGAAGGAAUAGGCUUUUGUUUAUUGUUCGUUAGCUCCUAGGUGGUUUAAGCACCAGAGGUCAUUGGAGACUGGCAUUUAUGGGGGGCAGGUGGGCGCCCAGAUCUGCUCAGUGUUGGGGUCCCCGAAGGACACGCUGGUGCUCUGGGCUUCUGCUUUGGAGACACUGAGCGAGGAAAUAGUGAUUUAAAGUUUUUUCUUAGUUUUUAUCUAAUCAGAUAUUCAUCGAAUGUCUCCUAGCUGCCAGUUGCAGGGUGUUUUGUUUAUUUUGUUUAUUCAAGAAUGAAGUAGACCGUUUUUAAAAUUUGCUUUCAUGGAGGCCCAGGGUAGGGGAGCCAGGCCUUGGGGAGGGGGGGGGGAGAAAUACAUUUUCUGGGGAUGAAUAAUGAAUUUCGCCGUUUAUUACUGGUUAAGGCUGUGUCUGUGAGGCCACAUGCCCCUGUCUCGGUAGGGCCCUGGGAACGCGUGCCCGGCGGGCGGCAGGCCUGCGCCCGGCCAGCAGCUCAGGUGUGGCAGCCGCCUCCACGUGAGGCACUGUCCACACUCAGUCAUUGGGCGACUCCACUGGGACUUGGCAUGUUGCUCCGGGCAUUUUGUUCUUUCCGGUUUGUCCUCUCAGGCACAGUCCGGUGGGUGAGGCUGUUGGUGCAGGGGCAGUGAGUCUGUCUUCCACCCUUCAAAAUGGCAAUUUGGAACAGAAUAAAAUCAGUUUGCACAUUUAAAAAUAUUUUCCACUUUUAGCAUCAGUCAGAUGAAUUUUCUCAGAAUCACGGGAACGAAAAUUUAUAGUUCAAGGGCAGGUCGUGCCAGCUGAACACGAGGCGCGAGGUGCCCGCAGCCAGUCGUCUUGGGUGGGACCUGUGCGGUCGGGUCUCCGGAGUUGCUUUUGUAGGUGGAAGCUGGCUUUUUAACUAUUUAGGAGCUUGUCUCAGAGUCUCACUUUUCCUCCUGACGUAGUCCGCCGUCAAUGCCACGUGACAUAAACCACCUGCUGCUGAUUCGGGCACAUCUCAGACUAAAUUGCUAGUUGCUUUGAAUGCGUUGGGCCUCUUCAUUAUCGCAAAGGAGAAAUGGAAAGCAGUCUUUCCACCCAGCUAAUUGAGCUUUGGGUGAACCAAGUGAGUUUUCCUCCCCGAAGGCCUUUGAAUCAGCCGAGAGCUGGGCUCGGUAUUGGAAUUGAAUUCCACUCUGCCGAACACUGGUUUGUUGCCAAAGACCCACUUGGGGGCUCUUGUCUGCAGUGCUCUAAGACUAAAUUUGGCCGGAGGCAGGGGUCCUUGAUUGCUCUAUUCAACUACGAGGGAGCCUCUGUUCUGCCCUCUUAUUAUCAAUUUCCUCUUGUACCAAUUUCCUUGUUUCUUUUCUUUUAUUUGCCUUAGCAUUUGGGAGCUUGGCUCCAAGGUCAGUUAACCUCGAAUAUCCUAGUGGCUUAAGGAAAGAAAAGGGAGUGAAGUUUCUUUGAUGUGGGGGUGAGGGUGGGGGUGUCCAUGAACUUUUCCUGUACAGGGCCAGAUAGUAAAUAUUCUUGGCUUUGCAGGCCAUGUUCUGCCACCAUUACUGUAGGAAUGGGCACAGCUGUGUUUCAUUACAGCUUGAUGUAUAAAAACAGGCUGCAGGCUGCAUUUGGCCCUUGGCGUAGUUUGCAGCCUCUACUCAAAUGGCAAAAAAGCAUGUCAGUGAGCAGCCUAAUCAUGGGGCAGACAGUAGGGAGGAGUUCCAUAGGUCAGUGCACCCUAUUUCCCCUAGGAGAUACUCUCCGGGCAUAGUUACUUAUAUGGCCAGUGUGUGUUUCCAGCACGUGGCAUGGCCGUGUGUAAUGGAGCUGCCAGGUUCAGGCACCAGUUGAAUAUACCUCUUAUUUUAGUUGUUUGUGACUGCGCUCAUCAUGGGUGAUAGGCUUGGGCUGCGGAGCCCUCUGGGGGCGUGUCCUGAAAAGCCCUGCCUCCACCGGCUGAGGUCACGCCCCUCCUCUGAGCAGCUCCCUUCCCUUCCCAGGCGUGGACCCCAAGAACACACCCCAUAAACUUGCAUGUGCACCUGCAUCCCAGCGGCACUCACUUUCUGGGGAACCAUCCUGCCCCGGUGCUUCUGUGCUUUUCUCUGGCUGCAGGAGUGAACUUGGACUUGGGAAACUGUUUUCUCACUGUAGCAGAAUGACAGAUGGUGCCCGUGGGAGAGCAGGCACAGUAAAUGCGAACUAGGUAGACCUCCUAUUUAUUCUGAAUGUGAGUUUGCUAUUUAUUUGAAGUGUUUGAUUUUGUUAUAUGAUAUUGAAUUUGUUGCCAAAUAAAAGAAUUGUCUCAUCCA